AUGGGUACACAACGACAAGUAUAUUUUGGUGAUGUUACCGAAGCGUGUCAACGUAUUUCUGGCUUUAUUCAUAGGACACCGAUUUUUACAAACAGCACUAUCGAUGGAUUAACCGGAAGAAACAUAUAUUUUAAAGCUGAAAAUCUCCAGAAAACUGGUUCUUUCAAAGUUAGAGGAGCCAUAAAUUCCGUUUUGAAAUUAAAAGAGAAGGAUAGAGCAGUAGUGGGCGUGACUACCCACAGUAGUGGUAAUCAUGGGCAGGCUCUAGCCUGCGCGGCCAGAUCUGUAAGGUUUCCGUGUAGCAUAGUUGUACCCAGUUACACAUCGGCUGUGAAGAAAGCUGCUAUAAAGGGAUAUGGUGCUGAACUAACGGAGUGUGGACCAUUAGCCUCAGACAGAAGAGAAACUUGUGAGAAAGUUGCACUGGAGAAAAAUUAUGAAAUAAUUCCAUCAUCCGAUCAUUAUGAUGUUAUAGCUGGACAGGGAACAAUAGCCAUGGAAUUUCUAGAACAGGUGCCAGAUUUAGAUGCCAUUUUGGUUUCUGUAAGUGGUGGAGGAAUGAUAUCAGGAAUAGCUAUAGCUGCUAAACAUAUAAAACCUGGAAUUAAAGUUUUUGCUGUUGAACCAGAGGGUAAGAUAUUGGAGAAAUGUCUGACGUCUGGGGAAAGACUGUGGCCAAAUCCACCUCAAUAUCUCGACACCAUAGCUGAAGGUAUUAAACUACAACAAGUCGGCCAUCUUACGUGGCCUAUUUUAUUGGAACUUGUGGAGAAGGAAGUAUUUACAGUGAAUAAUGAAGAAAUAAAAGUUGGAAUGCAAUUCGUGUUUCAAAGAAUGAAAUUGGUUGUGGAAGCAGCCAGUGGAGCAGCUGUAGCAGCUGUUUUAUCGGAACAGUUUAAAACAUUAGACAGUUCCAUUAAAAAUGUAGGGGUUAUAUUGUGUGGGGGAAAUGUGGAUAUUGAUCAUUUACCUUGGUAUUAAUACGUGUAUACUCAAAUUAUCUCCCUUAGUAUAUAUAUGGAGGCAGACCACCAUUAAUUUCCCCAUUGACUUCAAUGUUAAUUUUGGCCUCUUUGCCCACCUCCGACUUUUCCCCCUGCUUUUCACAACAGACGAACAAACGGUCAUUUGUAUGAUGGUGACCACCAAAAUUCUGAGAUACACAAACUUGAAGAAGCAUACUAAAAACAUGUAACUGGUUGCCGUAUAUUUCACCGUAACCCAACUGAUAACUCUGUUAUCCUUCCGCCUCAAAAUCAUGAAUAUUUACCAAAACCUGGCAGAAAAUGUUAAUUCAAAACCUCUUUGUCCAUUCUAGACCAAUCAACAAAAAAUGGGCAUGCAACUGGGGAGAAAAAAGACACAGAGAGAAUUGUUAUAAGUUGUGAGUACCGAGAUGGUGAAAUUUAAUGGUGGUCUGCCUCCAUGUAUAUAUAAAUUAUCUCCCUUAGUAUUAAUGCGCGGAUACUUAAACAUGCAUCAUGCAAGUGCUAAAUCUGCCUAUUGCAAGUCUUUAUUUAGGCUUUAGAUGUUAUAGAAAUUAUUAAUUUGACCUUUAUUUACAUGACAAGCUCAAAAUCAACUCUGUCUAACCUCGGAUGCCUUGCAUACAGCUUGGAUUUAAACAGUCGUCCAUUUAAAAUUAAGCUAAGGUUUACCGUAAUUUGACUGAAAUUUUCAAUAUUUUCUUUUUUUAUCACCUAUUUUGAAAUUAUUAUACCAAGAAAUGGCCAACUCUUUAUUAAACUCUUUAACUAAUGUAUCUGUAUAUUAUCUCUCUAUGUACUUAGUGCUCAUCACUACUGACAGUUAAUAAUGCUCUACUAGUUUGUAAAUACGUAGACAAACUCUGACCCUAGCCAUUGUAAUGGUUAUUGACCUUCAGGGGGGUGUCAGAACUAUUACCUAGAUUCCUCCUUCUCCGUCCAGAUCCAGGUUUGAUUAAUUUCCUGAAAAUCAAUUUGUAGACUGUUAUUACAUAGGGUUUCUAUAAAAUGUUAGACAGAGAGAGAUAUGGGGUUUAACGUCCACUCGACACAACUAGGUUCAAUUUUAUUUCAAUAAUUCGCUUGCGCGUAGGGGUCUUUAGCAGUGAGAGGAAACCGGAGGACAAGGAGAAAACCCACGAGCUUGGACAGGCGACCCUACUCCUUGUCACGUACAACCGGGGAAUCGAUACCAUGCCAGAUGACUCAAUGACAGAUCUUAUGAUACAAAGCGCACAUGCUACCCAUUUGGCCAUCCAACCCCCCUUAUAAAUAUUUAUGUAUAUGUUUAUUUGUUAUACGUUUUUUGAUAUCUUUAUAUAUUGGCCCAUCAUAUCAGUAUAAAGAUUCGGUAUAGAGUUUAAAGCGAUACACAACAAAAGUAUUCUAUUUAUUAAAAAAAAACAUAAUUAGUCCAAAAACUUUCGGCAGGGCAUUGAAUAUCGAUAAAUCAUAUUUUUAGUUUUCAUUAAUGUCCCCAUAAAAAAUAACAAAAUUUAAAUGUAUUUUUGAUCGGUUUAUCUAUUUACAUAUUUACACUUUACAAAAAUAUUUGUAAGCACAUCUCCAUUAACAGACAUAUAAUAUCUAAAUAGUGAUGACAUUUAGCAACUGUUAGCUGGCUUGCCUCUCCAUGUGUGAAUAAAAUAUAGUACCAUAGUUCUUAAAGGAUACUCGAAUUAUAGAUAGUAACACAGAACCUAAAGGCCAGGCCCUAGUUUCACAAAGCAUUCUCAGAGUCAGACUUAAGUUAAGAAUUUACUCAACUUUUAAUCACUGUUUAUGAGAAAUACCUUUGAUCCAGAAACACAAAAAUUUGCACAUAGUUUCUUUGUUGAUGUAUUUGAUACAUUAAAACUACAAAAGUUUUAUUAAGGGCUAUAGUUUAGUUAAAAUAAAGCAAACAGUUUUGAGUAAAUUCUUAAGUCUGAGAAUGUAUUGUGACACCAGGCCCUAAUAGUACCAGAUCAUUCCUGGGAAACAUAUUAAUUAAUUUAAUUCAUGUUCUGAUAACAAAGUAAUGCUAAGUGUUUUAACACCAUAAUGAACUGUUUAAAGGGAUGGUUUAAAGGUAAAUAAUUGCCACUCAAACUAUCAACGGAAAACCUUUUGGCCGGCCACCAUCUACAUUUAAUUUACCAGAUGUGUUUGAUAGUGAACAUCAGAGUUUCCCAAUGGUCGUACAUACAAGUGUCUCUUUCAUAACUUUAGUCUUUGAAUAAAACAACUUUUGUGGUUGAAUUGAACAAUCUGAAAGUUUCACCAUGAACUGAAAUUUCCGAACCCACCGCUUCCUGAUGGCUUUGGUUUCUUUUUAGCAACAGGUUCUUCCUCCCGUUUAUCAAAUGUUCUUUUGCUAAAAAUAGAUAAAUAACCUUCAUAGCUUCAGAAAUAUCAAUAUAUUUAUAAUGUAUUAUUUUUAUAAUUUUUUUUAUCAAAAAGCAAUAAAUUUAUUCAUAGCUUCAAA